AUGGCGCCCAAGAAGGUCCGAUGUACCUUCCAGGACUGCAAGGACCAGCCGCAGCGCAUCGCCGGGGACUGCAGCUUCUGCAACGGCCACUUCUGCGGCAAGCACCGGCUGCUGGAGGACCACAAGUGCACCGGGCUGGACGACUGUAAGAAGGAGUCGCACGAGCGCAACGCCGCACGCCUGGAGAGCGAGAAGACGCAGGUCGUCAAGGGCGUGUGA